AUGUAUGACGAUUCUGACUACUCCUCGCAUGACUCGGAGUUUGAGACCGAUAUCUCCACCCGGAGAACAGGUAUCAGAACUCAUGUUCGCGAGCGCUCUGUCUCUCGUCACCGCCGCCCGGAAAUCAUCUCUCGCGAGUUCUUAGCACCAAUCCGAUCCACCCGCAUGCACCGGUCGGCCUCGACAGGCGGUAGUCGACGCCACGAGCGCGGCCCACCAGCGGCACCUGCCCCACCACCAGCGGUGAUGAUCUUCAACGAGCAAGGGCUGCAGUCAGAGAGUCGCUCGGAGAACAAGCCCCAGUCUCGACGGGUGCACCACGAGUUCAACGAAAAGCACAGUCAUAACCAUAAACACAACCACUUCGAUGACGAACAUGACGAAAUUUUUCAGGCGCCGGUCGCCCCGCGCCGCCGUCAGCGCGCCGUCAGCAGCGUCUCGCGCGAUGCCUCUGCGUCCCCCUUCCAACGUGACCACGAGCUAGCCAUCAGCCAGCGCAUAUUGGAGCGCAAUGAUCUCCGGCAGGACAUGGGUCAGCACAUCCUGGAACGCAGUGAUCUUCGGCAGGGCGUAGGUCAGCACAUCCUGGAACGCAAUGAUCUCCGGCAGGACGUGGGCCAGCACAUCCUGGAACGCAGUGAUCUUCGGCAGGACGUGGGUCAGCAAAUCCUAGAACGCAAUGAUCUCCGGCAAGACGUGGGUCAGCAAAUCCUAGAACGCAAUGAUCUCCGGCAGGACUUGAGUCAGCAAAUCCUGGAACGCAACGAUCUCCGGCAGGACUUGGGUCAACAAAUCCUAGAACGCAAUGAUAUCCGGCAGGACUUGGAUAUCUGGAAGCAUCAGCAGGAGAUCGAACGGCUGCAGCGGGAGCUGCAGAAGUCUCGUGGGCGCAGCGACCACGAGCGCGAGAAAAUCGUUGUGAAUCCGCAACCCAAUCCGCACGAGUCUCGGCUGCUCAGGGAUCCGCAUGAAUCUCGGCUGCUCAGGGAGGAGCUCGAGUACGAGGACGAGAUUUCAGAGCGGCUGCGUAAGCUGCAGAGGCUCGAGCGCAAGCAUCAGUCCGCGGAGGAGGAGCGCAAGGCCGAGGAGCGCUAUCAGCUCAAGAGGCUUGCGGCGGAGAAGAGGGCCGCUGACGAGGAAGAAGAGGUUAGACACAAACUGGAGCAGGAGAAACUGAGGGACCUUGCGCGCAAACAGGAUGAGAAGGGACAGAGGGAGAAACUUGUGCGGGAGGAAAGAUGGAAGGAGCUUGCAAGGGUGAAGGAGGAGGAAGAGGAGAGGGAGAAGCUUGUGCGGGAGGAAAGGUGGAAGGAGCUUGCAAGGGCGAAGGAGGAGGAAGAGGAGAGGGCCAAGCUUGUGCGAGAGGAGAAGUGGAAAGCGCUUGCUCGGCAGAAGGAAGAAGAGGAGGAGCAUGAGAAACUGGUUCAGGCGAUUCGAGAUGAGGACAUGCGCAAGGCGAGGGAGGCCGAAGAGAAGAGGAAUAAGGAGCUCGCUAUGAAGGCUGCUGCUGUUGAGGAGUGGAAGGCUGAACAAGAGCGGAUCAAGCAGAGACAGGCGGAGGAGGCGAUCCGGAAGGCGAAGGAUUUCCGCGAUCGCCUUCGCAGCAUCGGCUAUUCCGAGGAGGAGAUUGACGCUAUCAUCAACAAGAAGGAGGAGAAGAAGGAAGAGAAGAAGGAAGAGAAGGAGGAGGAGAAGAAGGAGGAGAAGAAGGAGGAGAAGAAGGAGGAGAAAAAGGAGGAGAAGAAGGAAGAAAAGAAAGAAGAGAAAGAGACUAGGAUCACAUGGAUCAAGGUCCAUCGCAAGCACUUGCUACCAGACACCUUGACCGCUUACGGUCUGCCUUGGGACUGGGACGAGAGCGACCCCAACUACAUCAUCAUCAAAAGAUGGAUAGACGACGACUUCCAAGAAGAGCUCUUCGCCCACACCCAACGUCUUCGCGAGGGCAAGUUCAUCGCUCAGAGAUCCCACUCGACGACUGAAUUGAAAGUCAAUGACCGCAGAAAGGACAGACUGUUCCUGGUUCGGAAGAAGAGCCCUUCAGGCCGGGUGCGCAUCUUCGGAUAA